AGGGAGCCUUUCUUGAAGCAGCAUUUCGCCUUUUUUCCCUUCCUCCUUUUCUCCUCUUUUUUUUUUUCCCAUUUUUGCAUUUCCCAGGGGAAAGAAAACGCCUCACCUUUUUUUUUAUUUCACGCGCUGAGUACCCCACCGCGCAGUGGCAUACGCCCCCUUGGUUAAUUCGCUAAUUCGCUAAUUUGCUAAUUCGUUUGUUCUUCAUGCACAUUUUUGUUCCUUUUUUGUUCCCUUUUUUUGUGCGUGAAUAUCUUCGCCAUUUUUUUUUCGCGCCUAGCGGCCCCUUCGCCUGAGAGGCGUGUAAUCCGGAGCAGCUCUCCCCCCCAAGGCUAAGCCCUCGUAGCAGUGUACACCUGUGUGUAUGCAACUGGGAUUUAGUUGCCGCAGCGGCAUUCACCGUUGGGGUGACCUCUCCAUCUGGACUGCUCCUCCACCAGGACGGCUUCGCACCGCACUGGCGCAGCGCCCACCAGAUAGAGCCAAGCAAAAUGGAAAAUGACAUCUUCGAGAAGAGCAAAAACGAGUUAGAGAGAAUCUACCUGAGCAAGCAUGUCGUGGUGCACCCGAUAGUACUCCUCUCAGUGGUGGACCACUACAACCGAAUAGCUAGUAACACCAAGAAGAGAGUGCUCGGCACAAUAUUAGGAGAAAAAAUAGACGGUGUGGUACACCUCACAAAUAGUUACGCCUUGCCAUUUGAAGAGGACAUAAAAGAUAUUAACAUUUUUUUUGUGGACGACCAUUAUAAUGAAAAUCUCUUCAACAUGAUACGCAAGAUCAACACGAGAGAGAAGAUCGUCGGCUGGUACACCACGGGCUCCAACAUUAAACCGAAUGACAUUUUCAUUAACGAGAUAUUUUAUAAGUACCACCACGCGCCCAUCUUCCUCCUCGUCAAUGUGCACACGGACCAGAGCGUCUUCCCCGUGAAUGCCUACGUGGCCAUUGAGAAGGCUAUCUCGGACAACAAGUUCAGGAAGACCUUCAUCCACAUCCCCGUCACGAUAGGCGCGUUCGAAGCGGAGGACGUCGGAGUGGAGUUCCUGCUGAAGGAGCUGAAGAGCGUGUCGACGUCCACCCUGGCGACCAAAGUGGGCGACAAGCUCUCCUCCCUCAAAAGCCUCAUCGCCAAGCUCCACGAAAUCUCCGCCUACCUAAGUGACAUCCUCAGCGGAAACAUAGAAAUGAACAUCAAAAUUCUGUAUAACCUCCAAAACGUCUUUAGCCUCCUCCCAGACACAGAGAACCCAGAGCUAGUGGAGGCCUUCAUGGUCAAAAAUAAUGACAUCAUGUUGAACGUCUUCAUUGGGAGCAUCACCCGGUCGGUCAUUGCCCUCCACAAUUUGAUUAACAACAAAAUUGAAAAUAAAAUAAACGCAGAGAAGAAGAAGCAGCUCGACGUCUCCAAGGACGCCGAGGAGGACAAGGAUAGAGACGCAGACAAGGAGAGGGAAAAGCAGAAGAAGAAAAACUAGCCCGUUGAGAGGCAGCCCCGUGAGGGAUAGCCCGUGGGGGAUACUUUAACGCGCCGCCCAACCGGUGUGCGCACUGCCCAUUAAGUGGACAAAGCGACGUGGAAGAAUGGGAUCACCAAAUGGUGCACCCCCCCCACUGUGAUGAAAAAAUGAGGCUCUUCUUAGCGAAGUUGAUUGCAGUUUUGUUUGCACAGCGAGUGCCAAAAUGGGACAGCGCCUUUUGCAUGUGAUGUGCAACGCGUGUCCAGGAGAAAGAAGUCUCCACGUGAGGGAAGACCACCCUCGAUGGGCGCCAGCGAUGUGAUACCUGCUCUGUGGUAUCCCCUCUGUGGCACCCCCAGUCAGCCCUUCUUCCCUUUCCCCCUUUUUUAAUCCCACAAAACAUUUUACGUC